GAAUAAAUUAAAUUAGUUUCGUGAAGUUUAUUCAAUUUCUUUAACGUUUAAUAGUUUUACCAAGAUGAUUUAUUCAAUAUCAAUAGCAUUGAGAUUCGUCUUAAUUGUUCAAACAUCGGUUCUCAUUGUUUUUGCAGAGCAUCUUAAUGAUUUACCCUGGUCGGUCGAUAAGGGUAAUUGGAUAAUCGAAGCAAAAUUGUAUAAAUCUUACAACGAGUUUUAUGACAUUCGUGAGUAUAUUUACUCGAGUGAUGUUGUUCGUGGUAAGAUUGAAAUUAGUCAUUUAUCUGGAAACGACAAACUCGAUAUUUUUUAUUCCAGUGGUUUCAAGUACGACAGAAUUGUAAUUCAUGAUAAACAGUGUAGUCAAUAUACUUUCAGCAGUUUUAGAAAAACUUGGAGUAGUGAAUUAUUUUCAUCUAACUGGACACAACCAAUACUUAAUCAUUUACUAUUGACCGGACCUUCGACAUUGUUCAGAUUGUCCAAUUCAAAAUUGGUUUGGGUAAAUAUCAUCGCUCUCAUUGAGAUCAGUUAAAUCAA